AUGGGAUUCAUCCAAAGUCUACACGUCCGGCAGCUGGACGAUGUCGGCUCGCCUCUGGCGGAAAGACCAACAGCGUUUCCCAUACCGGUUCAAACCCAGGCCCCGACACAAACACAAAGGUCUCCCACGGUCAUAGAAACACCCCCGCCGUCAUCAGCCGUUGUGCAAGCGAGCUCCACACCGAUCGUCUCGAGCAUCUCAAAUACCACCAACACCGCUGCUGGGAACACUACUCUUGCUCCAGCACCGGGAACCAACAUCCAGGGCAGCAACGGAACCGCGAACGCAACUCCCUCGAAUAAACCGGAGACGGCUCCCGACAUGGCUGACGGGAAUGCCAUAUCUUCUGACAGGUCUGCCGUCAUUGGCGGAUCGAUAGCCGCUGUCGUUGGUGCCCUGUUCCUCUUGUUUUUGCUGUACAAGUACCGCAGGAAAGUCAUCUCCUUGUUCAGGCCCAAACCAGAGGACCCAGAGGAGCCGAGCUUCGUGGACGAGCUGGAGCGCCAAAACACCAGGCUGAGCAGGUUCGAGGACCGCUGCGGCGCCACCAGCGUCUCGGACGGACGGCCCCAGACGGCAUCUACCGUGCGGGAGCUGCAGCCACACUACUCGUUUGCCACGUCAGUCCCGACGCUGGCAGAGAGCCCUGCAACCUCGCAGCACUCGCUGACACCCUCGUCUCACCGGAGCGGAAACAUGACGCUGCCGCCGCCCCAGAAGCCCCGCGAGGUUCGGUACCGGCUCCCGCUGUACCACAUGGAGGACGACAGCUACGGCAACAUCGAGCUGGACCCGUGCGAGCGCCUCGAGCCGCCGUCCCUCUCCGGCAGCGGCGAUUCGGCCAUCAUCCGCCAGGGCCCUUGCCGGACGCCGAGCAGCGCGAGCGCCAGGGCGGUGGCCCUGGCGUGGUGGCAGGCUUCCGGGACGUGCGAGUCCCCCAAGGCGCGCUACUCUUACCUCGAGGCCAAGAAGUCUGCGCCCACGCCUGUGGUGCCCGAAGUGCGGACGCCUUCCCGGGCCGAGGUCUGCGACGACGGCGACGUCUCCGUCGGGAGCGUGUCUGUUGCCAGCUCGAUAUCCGGGGUCUUGAUGAUGGAGGAAGGGUCGUCGAUGAUUGGGACGACGAGGAGCCCGAGCGCCAGGAGUGACAGGCCGAGCUCCGUCUUUAGCCAGCGGUCCGACAGCUUCGUGAGCGCCGCGAGCAGUUUUGAGAAUUACCGCCGCGAGGUCCGCGACACGGCUGACGUGGGCGAGAUGGAGACGGACAACGACACGUAUGGUGACGACCAUGAGGAUCUCGACUUUGAGAUGUUGACAGAGGGGGACAGUACCAUCAUCGCCGUGGCGACAACCUCUGCCAGAUCCAGUAUCCAGGAAAUCGACGUUACAAAGUCAAAUACGCUCUCUAGAGCGCAGACUCUCAACGGCGGAGAGAACUCGCAAUGUAUACCAAUCCAUUCCAAGGAUCCAGGGCACAUGGUUCAGUUGAAGGUGGUGGAAGCGGAGCAGACGGAAGAAGAGUCCGCGGAGGAGUGUGAGCGUGAUAUGGAGACGGAUGAGUAUCCGAGUGAUGAAGACGACGGAUACGAGUCGUCCGUAAUAGAAGAGGACUACGAAGCAGUGCCGUCGUCUCAUUCCGGGGAUGCACACAAGCAGUCCAUUGAGCAACCCACAGAAAGGGAAUGGACUCCAGAAGCGCUGGCGACUAUAAGAGAGAGUAGGGAGCUACUGAUGUCAAGCGAACAACUACCCUCUUCGAAGGAACUACCCAUUGAAACGGAAGCGUCCUUGCCAAGGGACAGCUUCUUACCAGAGAUUUCAUUUGAGGAUAAGGGUUUUGACUUUGGCUUCCCAUAA